CACUGCUAGAUUCUACAAUGUCGAACAGUAUUAUUUAAACGUGUCAAAAAUGUUAAAAAAACAUAUUUUUCACUGAAUUAACUACUUUUCGCUACUCAAAAAGGAUUUAUAAAAUGGAAAUCCUCUAAAUUUAUAAAAUUAAGAUAUCACAGAAUAAAAAUUAAAGUUACAAAAUAGAAUCUCGGUAAAUAAAAUAGGAAAAUGACUAGUUAUUACUCGGGUUUGAAUUCAAGUUCCUUAUUUUCAAAUACGGAAGGAGUAAUUGUGGCAAUUGAUCGUAUUACGAAAAUACCCUUUCCCGGAAUUACUAGUAUGGAAAUAGGUUGGAAUUACUUUUUACUCUGGCGAAAUGAAGACUUGUUUAUUUCUGGGAAACUUGAUCUUGAUUCUGAAAAGGAGAAAGAACCCAAGAUGCUGCAAAUUCCAGAUAAAAAAUCAGGAAGUCCGAAAAUAGCACUUGCAGGGCCAGAGAGUGUGACGAUAUUGUCUGCAAAUAAUGAUCUUUGGCAAUAUAAAAUAUUCGAAAAGAGAUGGAAAAAAGUUUCAAAAUUUAUUUCUGAUUCUGAGGAUGGUGGAGAAGAGUGUGUUGUCAAAAUUGCAGGUGUAAGAUGUUUAGUUGCUUUAACAAACUUAGGACGUGUAUUUAAUAUACCUACAUUAGUCGAAAUGCAAAAAAGGCUGAAGUUUGUAGACAUUGCUUGUGGGUUUGAUCACACUAUCAUGCUGUCAGAUAAUGGAGAUGUUUAUUCCAUGGGAAUGGGAACGCGAGGUCAAUUAGGACAUGGAGAUUUGGAAGAUUGUGACAAUCCAAAAAUAAUAGAAGCUUUAGCAGGGCUUAAAGUUUCUCAAAUCGCAGCUUCUGGCUGGCAUUCUGCUGUUGUCACUUCCCAAGGAGAUCUUUAUUCUUGGGGCUGGAAUACGAAUGGAGAGUUAGGAAUAUUAAAUUCUACAACGAAAGUUGUUGCCUCACCGACCAUAGUUGAUUUUCAAAAUGAAAAAGGAGACAUUUUGGAAGUAAAUGUUAGCCGAGUUCAAUGUGGAAAUGCUUUUACUGUUUGCUUAUUAGAAGAUGGGACUCUCUGGGGUGCUGGUUCGAACAAAUACGGCCAGCUUGGAGAAUCUAGGAAAAAAAUUACACAAUCGAAUGAGUUUAUCCCACUUGGAAUCGAUUUGGGGGGAAAGUGUUUGAAAGACUUUAAAUGCCAAGAAUGGGGAAUUUAUGUGUCCAGCGAUUAAAUUUAGAACGUUAUUAUUUCCAUUCGAAUAAUGUUUUAUGUAUCAAAUAUUAUGUAAAUAAAUCAUCAAAA